GCUAAAGAGCAAUAUUUGUUAGUUAGUUUGUUCAUAUUCUUCUUUCCUGUUCUCGAAUAAUCCCCGAAGGAAACCCUAGUUCUCUCUCGUCGUUGUAAAAGAAGAUUGAUUUGGAAAUGUAUGGCGUCGGCGCUAACAAUGAAUUUGAUGCUAGAUAUAUCAUUCCACUCAACAGAUUCAGUAAGAAUGUUGAAUACACUAAUCCAAUUCGCAAAUACAAUGAGAUGAUCGGAAGGACUUCUUAUGAUAUUUCUUUUCUUGUGUUGACGGAGCCGGAGGAUAUUUGUAAGGAUGGAGGUUUGGUGAAGAAGACACUCAAGCCCGGGGAUGACAAAUGUCAACAUUUUGAUGAUUAUGAUUAUGUUUUAGUUAAGUACGAAGCACGUCUUGAUGAUGGAACUCUUGUUAAAAAAUCUGAUGAUUAUGGAGUGGAGUUCACACUCAACGAUGGUCAGUUAGUCCUACAACUUUUAUUAUACAUUCCUUUUCCGGUUCGAUCUUACUUUCUUUUACGCCAUCUCAUAGGUCAUUUUUGUCCUGCAUUAUCAAUCGCUGUUAAGACUAUGAAGAUCGGAGAAAAAGUCAUUUUAACUGUUAAGCCACAAUAUGGAUUUGGUGACAAGGGCAAGCCAGCUCACCAUGAUGAAGGUUCAGUUCCACCUAACGCAACAUUGCAGAUUAUUCUCGAGUUUGUUUCUUGGAAGGAAGGACCUAAGGAAGGACCUUUUCGUAAGAUGGUCCUCAAGGAAGGAGAAGGGGACGACUGUCCAAAUGAGGGAGCUCUUGUGAAAUUGAAACUAAUUGGUAAGCUGCAAGAUGGCACUGUAUUUUUUAAGAAGGGCUAUAGUGAUGGUGAUGAAGUGGAGCUGUUUGAAUUUAAAACAGAUGAGGAGCAAGUGAUUGAUGGGCUUGAUAAAGCUGUACUGACCAUGAAGAAGGGUGAGGUAGCUUUGUUGACUAUUACACCUGAAUAUGCUUUUGGUUCAUCAGAGUCUCAGCAGGAAUUGGCAGUGGUUCCUCCUAAUUCAACCGUGUAUUAUGAGGUUGAGCUAGUAUCGUUCGUAAAGGCUAAGGAGGUAUCAGACAUGAACACUGAAGAGAAGAUAGAAGCUGCUCUUAAGAAGCGACAAGAAGCCGAAGCAUUCGUUUAUGCUGCUGAAUAUGCAAGAGCUUCUAAAAGAUAUCAGAAGGCUCUGAAGUUUAUAAAGUAUGAUACUUCCUUUCCCGAUGAGGAUAGGGAAAUUGUUGGCUUGAGGCAUUCUUGUAAUCUGGGCAAUGCAUGCUGCUUGAUGAAAUUGAAAGAUUAUGAACGGGCAAAUAAAUAUUUUAAGGAUCGCUUGCAUGAUUUCAACUUAAAGCGCAUAGACACUGAAACGUUGUCUGCGAACCAUAGACUUCGAUGCAGGCGGAAAGACGCCAAUAAUUAUUAUUUGAAUGUGAUGUGAAGUUGAAGUCAAAAAAUGGAUGGUUUAUUUAGAUUGUCUCCAUAUCUAACCUUGUACAUUUAUUGAGCAUGCAGAAAUUCGGGCCAAAGAUGGUACAUAUGCUGUGAAUUGUGUGUUGAUGUUUCUUUUUUUCUUGACGCAAAUGUGUUGAUGUUUCUAGAGUAACUUGGACUUGUGAGUUUAUAGUAUUUUCUAAUGGACAUGUAAUAUUCAGUGUUCAAUUUAAUUUAUAUGUAUUGACAAUGUAAAACUUAUUUACACAAAUUUAUGCCACGUUUAAUUAGAUAUUA